AUGUUAGUUUUGAGCAAACCUGACAUGAUGUCCGAAUCAAGUGACGUCCAAGCAUCCACAAACCUCGCGGAUAGGGACAAACCCCCUAGCAGAGUGAUGCUGGGCGAACAGGAGUUAAGUUCCUUCACAAUACAAGAAUGGCAGAACUGCUGGAGGCAGCAAGAUUCCUAUGUUAGCCUCCUUGAGAGGAAAACCAAUCUACAAGAAGGGGAACUGGCUGAUCUUCGACUACUUACGGAGAGGACCAAAGGGCAGCUCUUUGAAUCUCAGCAAAGGGAGAAAACACUGAUUCGCAAGCUGGCAGCCAAAGAUCAGGAGACUCAAGACUAUGUGUGUCAAUUGAACGAGUUGAAGAGUUCACAAGUCCCCACCACAUCCACCCUGAGAACAGUCCUGUUAGACCCGGCGGUGAACAGCAUCCUCCAUCAUCUCCAAUCCGAGCUACAAGCAACCCAUCUAAAGUUAGAAGACACCCAAAACGAAUUGUCGGCGUGGAAAUUCACCCCGGAUUCGAACACGGGCAAGCGGCUCAUGGCCAAAUGUCGCCUGCUGUAUCAAGAGAACGAGGAGCUUGGCAAAAUAACGAGUUCCGGUAGAAUAGCGAAAUUAGAGAGUGACUUGGCGUUGCAGAAAAGCUUCUCCGAAGAAGUGAGGCAGAGCCAAAACGAGUUGGACUCCUUCUUAGCGGACUUAGACGAGGACGUCGAGGGCAUGCAAAGCACCAUUCUGUUUUUGCAGCAGGAGCUUAAGAAAGCUAAAGAGACUAUUCAAGUGCUGCAAAAGGAGAACGGCGCUUUGAAGACUAGUAACGGUAGAGCGAAUGGUGACACUAGUGUGUGCGAACGAGAACAGACAGAUUCGGAAAACGAGGUAGAGAGGACACGUGGUGUGAAACGGAUUAGGAGAUCUUCGGUACUGAGUAUCGACUACAAUGAAGAUGACACUCUUGUUAUUAAUACAAACGGCGAUGCCACUAUAUCCUCUGAUCCUGAAUAG